GCCACCGUAUAGUACGAAAAAGUCGCGUCGUCUGUUUAUCUAUACUCAUUGCUGCGUAUAUUUCUAAACGUAUACAGGAUAGAAUGAUCACUUCCAACCGCCAAUGUCCAAUGUAGUAAGUACCGAACCGUCUCUGGCCCAAGGUUUCUCUGCGUACUCUCCUGCGCUGCCCUUUUUUCGUGCGAGUGUGCGUGCACAAAGUGUCCGCGCCCGCGAGUUGCAAUAUGAGCAACGGCAAUAGUAAGAUAUCGAGUAACUGGCUCGCCAAGUGGCAGAAAAGCCAGGAAAAAUGGGACUCGGAAAGACUAAAGGCGACGAUGAAGCGAAAGGAGAGAGACGUUUCAAUUGAAUGCGACUCGCGAACCGCAUGUAACGAGCUGGAAGACUUGGACAUUAGAGCCAGCAAGAGACCCAGGUCAGAAAUGGUUCUACCUUGCGACUGGCAGGUUACCACGCAAAAGAUAGCUCAGCGUGGCCAGUAUCUACUAGAGACAGGACAAUGGUCGGAUUGCAAGUUUAUCGUCGGUCAAGAACCUCAUCAACAAAUCAUAGAAGGACACAAAGUAUUCUUGGCCAUGUCCAGCCCUGUGUUUGAAGCCAUGUUUUAUGGAGCAAUGGCUGAAAAGAAUGAUCCUAUUCCAAUACGAGAUGUACAACCAGAAGCUUUUAAAGCACUGAUGGAGUACAUAUACACUGAUCGGGUUGAUUUAGGAUCUUUUGAAUUGGCUUGUGAAUUAUGUUAUUGCGCCAAGAAAUAUAUGUUACCAUUUUUAGUAGAAGAAUGUACAAAAUUUUUAUGGUCUGAUUUAUCACUCAAAAAAGCUUGCAGGGCAUAUGAGUUUGCUAAAUUAUUUGAAGAGCCUAUUUUGAUGGAUAAAUGCAUGCAAAUUAUUUGCUCCAAAACUGAUGAAGUAUUGAAAGAAUCAAGUUGGGAAGAGGUAGAACAGGGAACUGUACUUACACUGCUUGAUCAAGAAGAACUUUAUGUUAGCUCUGAAACUGUUUUAUUUAAUGCACUUGAGCGAUGGGCCAAAGCUGAAUGCAAUAGAAAAUCAUUAGAUUCUUCUGAUCCUAAAGCAUUAAGAUCUGUUAUUGGAAAUGCAUUAACCAAAAUACGUUUUCUCAAUUUGACUCCUAAAGAAUUUGCAGAAGGUCCUGGAAAGUCUGCGUUAUUAAUGCAAGAAGAAGCAUUUUCUAUCCUGAUGAAUAUAUCUUCUCCUAAUAGCAAAGUACAAAUGCCUGAAGGUUUUUCCAUGAAUAAAGUUUCAAGAUCUAAGGCAAAAUCAGAUUCUGACAGGGCUUUUACUCCAGUAAGUAUUGGUCCACUUGGCGUAGGUGCAUAUGCAUCGCCAAUUUAUCCACCACCCAGCAAUUUGAUUAUGCCAGUUAGACGAUCUUUUUCAAUGGAAUGUCCACACAAUUCAGCUUCACCAGCACUUUUCGUACCCGACACAAAUUUUCAAGAGGAGAACAGAGAGGUUCAAAAUCGAGAAUCCCAAGAAGUCCCAAAUGAGAUUCUUAUUACAAAUAUACGAGACCGACCAAAAUUUUACUGUCUACGCUCCACUCUUAGUAGAAACGCUCAAGAUUGCCGGAAUUACGAUGUUAUGGAUUCAUCAGUCACAUUCACUGUCGACAGAAAUAUUUUUAUUCUUGGUGUGCAAGUUCCGUCUCAACUUUGGUCAACAGGUGAUGGUGAACUUUAUGAUUUUGCUGAUGUGACAUAUACAGAGGUCCUUUAUGCACACCUUCUUGAUUCUGAUGGCACAAGAUUAACAUACACACAUUAUACAACAAAAGCUCAUUUCAGAGACUCAGUAGAAAUUUCAUUUAACCGACCAGUAUAUAUUCAAAAGAAUAAGCUCUACAAAGUUGGAGUUGUUUUUAACAAACCUGGCUGGUAUCCAAAUAAUAUUUGUGCUCAGAGAAUUAAUUGUGAAAACAUCUCUUUUACAUACAAUAUAGGCGUUAAUGGUAUCGAUUAUGUAAGAGAUGGUCUUAUAAGAUCAAUUGUUUUUACAUAUAGAUAAAAUAGGUAAACAAUAGUAUAUUUUGUACCGAGGAAAGUAAAAUAAAAAUUGAAAAAUCGUAUGUACAUUAUGAAUAACGUACGAUUUUAGAAUUGGUUUUUUUACUUUUCAAGCGGUUUAUUCGAUUUUUUGUGUUUCCUUCAGGGGAGAGAGAAUAUUUUAUUCGGUCUUUAGACCCAAAAUUUUUUUUUGUCUGCAGUAACACAUAAAAUUACAUCAAAACAAAUGUAUAUUGAAAUUGUCUAUCAAUUGCCAAAAGUUCUGUGCAAAAUUUUAAAAUGAGACAUUACUAUUUGUACUUUAUAUGAAAGACUGUUUUAAAAAUGUCAGGUUGCGAUAUUGCUCUUUUCAGUUGUUAUUAGAUAUUUAUUAGCAUAAUGUUUUGUAUGAACUUGUGUAAUUAUAAAUAUCUCCAAUUACCGUAAAGUCGGUAUUUUUCGUAUGGCUGUUAGUAGUUGCAGUCAUCGGAAAAUAUGAAAUCCGCAAAAAAUUUGAAACUGCACAAUUAACUUUUUAACGUAUCGACUAAUCUCGCUGAAUAAUUAUAGGUGCUUUCUCAUGACAUUAUGUAGACAUUUUAUAAUUAGCUAUACUUCAAUGCAUUGUCGCAUGGAUUGAAGUGUACGAUCACGUUGAACUUGAAGUACUGUUAACAAUCGUAUUCAUAAAUACUUUCUAUUUAUAAAUACGUCUAAGUUUGGAGUAGUUUUAAAUUUUCAAAUGUAAGUGUAUAUAUUAAUUUUGAUUUUAGUUUGCAACAUUGAACAAAAUGUUGAGUAUUAACAGUAAUCUCAUUUUUAAUUAAAAAAUAAUAUUUUAUUUUGCAAUUGA